GUUGUUGGAUUUAUUUGACAGUUGAGGUUGAGGAACGAAGCGAAAGAGAAACAAACAAACAUCAAAAACAACGAAACAAAUCGAAUUGAAUGAAAUUAUAAAUAAAAAAAGGGUUUUUAGGGUUUUUCAAAUUUCAGAGCGAAAAUGUCUCUAACGAGCGUGAAAAUUUCUGAAGAAGUUUGGUUAACAUGCGCAACUCAUGCAUUUUCUACCGAAACCGAAGAAAUUAUGGGUCUUCUUCUUGGCGAUAUACAGCAUUCGAAAAAUGGGAGUGUGACUGCAUUGAUAUGGGGUGCUUCUCCUCAAACAAGGUCUGAUCGUAGAAAAGAUCGUGUUGAAACUAACCCUGAACAGUUAGCUGCUGCUUCAGCUCUUGCUGAUAGAAUGACUGUUGCAACUGGAAGAACAACAAGGGUGAUUGGUUGGUACCAUUCACAUCCUCAUAUUACUGUUCUGCCUUCGCAUGUUGAUGUGCGGACUCAGGCAAUGUAUCAACUUCUUGAUUCUGGGUUUAUUGGGUUGAUUUUUUCUUGUUACAACGAAGAUGCCAACAAGGUAGGAAGAAUUCAAGUAAUUGCUUUCCAGUCAUCUGAUGGGAAGCAGAAUAACAUGUCAAGACCCAUACCUCUGUCUCCUGUAAAUAAAAGCUCCAUUAUUCAUAUAGAUGCAUCACCAAGUUCCUCAGAGAAUGUAUCAACAAGAUAUGGUUACUUCAAGGAAGAUAGCCCAGAGAAGGACACAGGCGAUUCGAGAAGUACCGGUGCUAGUAAGGUUGGUGGAAGAUCUUCAGAAUUGGGGAAUUUCUUUGCUAAUGCCGAUGCAAGCUAUCUAGGGGGUGUAAAAGAUGGAGAAAACUAUAAUCUCAACAAUUCAGACACCACCAUAGUUGAUGAUCCCAUGGAUAUGUCAGAAAGUAUGCAGGAAGCUAUGCACCGUUCAAAUUUGGACAUGAGUGGUGCAGAGUAUGUAAGAAAAGAAAUUCCCCUUUAUGUGACGCCAUCCAUGUCUCUUAUCAACCUUGAUACACCACUAUCAUCAUACACGGAUCUGCAACAUGUACUAUUUGAAGAGGAGCGGACUGCAUAUAAUCAAGCCAUCUUACAAAAUACAAGGGAUGGGAAAGCGCAUCCACUCGCUUUCAUACACCACACUUCAACUUAUCAGGCUUCCUUGUGCAAGUUGAUUGAAUAUUGUUUAAGUCCUGCAAUAAACGCACUUCAAGAUCGACUGAGAGAGAAUGAAAUUCGGUUAGCAGUUCUGAAUGAAGAAGCCAAGAGUCUGCAGGUGGAGGCGUCUACGUCUAGAGGGAGUGAAGCAAGUUUAGGAUCUCCCCGUCAAGCUGCAUCUCCUCGUCAAGUUGCAUCUCCUAUGCAUCGAGGAAGUUCCUCUCCUGGUCAGAGAAACUCGCAGGGUUCAAGUGAAUCUCUUGGUUCGAAGCGUGUAGCUAGUCCUGGUAGCCGGAGCAGAAGAGGAUAGCAACAUUGAAUUCUCUUUGGAUGUAGUGCUUCAAGCAACAUGGCAAUGAGGAUUAGGGAUUAUUUUUCUAGAACUAUACAUAGAAUGUACAUGAUUAUGGUAUUAGCCUCCGCAAAGUUUGCUAGUUUGAAGAUGAUGAUGCUAAUGAAAUGUUUUGCUAGUUGGAGUCGAUUUUGUGUACAAUGGUGAAUGUUUACUUGGUCAUUUUAUUCUUGGAAGAACAAAUUGAAGUUAUCAAUGACAUUCAUUGUUGGUUUAGAGAUAUGUCAAAUUUAAAGCUGGA